GACUGCUCAACAAUUUACAAGCUGCUGACAGACACCUGACUGGACGUGUUGUGGGUCAUAUAUGGAAUCAGCUAUUUAAGAAAAGGACAACAAACCUGCGUUGCCUACAGUUUCCACUGCUACCUUGGGCACAGACUUGCUGACAUUGAGGCAGACAAAGAUGAAGCUGGUGCUGCUUGCUGCUGCUUUACUGGCUGCGGCCAGCUGUGCGAGCAUCUCGCUGGAGGAUCUGGAGUUUCACGCAUGGAAGCUCAAAUUCGGGAAAUCCUACAGCUCUCCAUUGGAGGAAUCACAACGCAAGUCCAUCUGGCUGAAUAAUCGUCGCCUGGUCCUUGUGCACAACAUCAUGGCUGACCAGGGCAUGAAGUCCUACCGUCUAGGUAUGACCUUCUUUGCUGAUCUGGAAAACAAGGAGUACAGGCGGAUGGUUUCGCAAGGGUGUCUGCGUAACUUCAACACUUCCGUCCCUCGGGGCGGUUCCACGUUCUUGCCGCUGCCGUUGGGAGCUGACCUACCACACACUGUGGACUGGAGGCAGAAGGGAUACGUCACCGAUGUCAAGGAUCAGAAGCAGUGUGGCUCUUGCUGGGCCUUUAGCACAACAGGGUCUUUGGAGGGUCAGACCUUCAGAAAAACGGGCAAACUGGUGUCUCUAAGUGAGCAGCAGUUGGUUGACUGCUCUGGCGACUUUGGCAAUAUGGGCUGCAUGGGAGGCCUAAUGGAUGAUGCUUUCAGAUACAUCCAGAAAAACGGGGGUAUUGACACGGAGGAGUCCUAUCCUUACGAGGCUGAGGACGGAGAUUGUCGCUACAACCCGAACACAAUCGGUGCCACAUGCACAGGUUACGUUGACAUAAAAAAAGGAGACGAACGCGCCCUGUUGGAAGCCGUGGCUCGAGUUGGACCUGUGUCGGUUGCCAUUGACGCGUCACAAGAAUCUUUCCAGCUUUAUGAUUCAGGCGUGUACGAUGAGCCCGAUUGCAGUAGUUCUGUGUUGGACCACGGUGUGCUGGCAGUAGGUUACGGCACUGAUAAUGGACAGGACUACUGGCUGGUCAAGAACAGCUGGGGUCAAAAGUGGGGAGACAAAGGCUACAUCAUGAUGAGCAGGAACAAACGCAACCAGUGUGGAAUUGCUACUGCGGCCAGCUACCCAUUAGUGUGACCAGGUCCGGAGGAAAACAUGACAUUAGACAAUAUUGAAUCAAAUGGCAAAUUUCUGUCUUCUCUGGCAUUUUGAAUCCAAAAUUUCACAAAAUAAAAAGACACUGUUCAUAAAAA